UAGAUUAUUCAUGAUAAUAUUAUAAAAAGAUUAGAAAAAAAAAAAAAAAAAGAAAUUAUGUUUUGUAAAGAAUUUAACUGCAGAACUAGGUUUAGUUAGUUUGACAUGGAGACUGACGUGGCAAGAUUAAAUAUACAGAUAAAGCUAGAUCAGCAUAUUUUCGUUAGGUUGAAGGACUAGAACUAAUGAAAGGCCUUUUCAUACUUUUAUUAGGACUUAAAUUGUAAAAAGAGUUACGAAACUUUCAAAGUCUAUCAAUACUAUUUUGCCAUAAAAUAAGUGAUUGGGUUUGAUUGCACCGCCUAAAUCAACAGACUUGCAUUGCAAGGACUCAUACAGGCAUAAGGAAUAUGCAAGAAGAAGGCAUAAGUGAGUAGGGUUAGCAAAGUCAGGGCCACUCUGUCAACUAUUUCAGAUUUACGAAGAUCAUACAUUACUCUCACACGAUGAACAGCACCUCAACUUCGCAUUCUUCUUCACAAACUAUGACGCCUAAACCAGUGCUUCAAAACAUCGCAUCAACAGUGAACUUGGACUGCAAACUCGACCUCAAGCGCAUAGCACUUCACUCUCUCAAUUCUGAAUACGACCCCAAGCGAUUCUCCGCUGUGACUAUGCGAAUCAGACAUCCUCAAACCACAGCGCUGAUCUUCGCCUCCGGCAGGGUGGUCUGUACUGGUGCUAAAACGGAAGAAGACUCAAAAUUAGCAAUGAGAAAGUUCGCAAGAAUCGUGCAGAAGUUGGGUUUUCCUGCCAAGUUUAAAGAUUUCAAGAUUCAGAAUAUUGUCGCCUCUUGUGACAUGAAAUUCCCUCUUCGACUUGAGAAGUUUAUAUACACCAAGCAUGCUGCUUUUUCUAGAUACGAACCUGACGUGUUUCCAGGCCUCAUUUAUCGCAUGAAAGAGUCGCGGAUUAUAAUGCUUAUCUUUGUUUCAGGAAAAGUUGUGAUUACAGGAGCCAAGAAGACGGAUGAGGCCUUUGCUGCCUUCGACAACAUCUAUCCUGUUCUUGCUGGGUUCAAGAGGUAGCAGAGAUUUUUCUAUAUUGGGUAGUAGAUAGAAUAGAGUAGAAAUCUUUGUUGGACGAUUCUUUCAUUAGUAUUCAUUGCAAAUUCUAGCUAUGGAUAUGUGCAUUAGUAAUUUGAU